AAAUUAGUGGGGGUCAAUUAAGGGAGACCUUGUCUAUGAGGAGCGUCCCUUUUGACCGAUAAAUUUCUGAUAAAUUUCUAAAGUGUUGAGAAAAAGGUGACUUUUUAUUUUAAUCCAAUUGAAUUCAACUUUAUUUUUUUUUUUGGUUGUUUGCAGGAGGCUUUAAGGUGAAGAGAGAAGAAGAUGAAACUUGUUUCUUUUUUUGUUUCUUUUUCUCCCUUUAAAAUGUCCUUGUUAGGUUACGUGGUGGUGUUCUUUUUAUUUUGUUGCAGCUACGCUUUAAAUUUGACCGCUUUGUUCUUGCCCAAAUGGUUAACUCGUAUCAUUCCAAAACCAUCUUACUCUGAAACGAAUUAUGGUCUGUUCAAAUUAUGUUCAAGUCUCACGGGUGAAUGCAGACCAUUUCCUGGUCCUAGUGAUUGUACACAAGAAGAAGGGUUUUGUCAGCUGUGGCAGGCUGCAGGAGCAGGCAUGAUACUUGGCGCAGUGGUUGGUACAUUAACCAUCGUUGCUUUAUUGGGCGUGAUGUGCAGUAAUCGAGAGAAGAGAGAGAGAGGAUGGAAGCUGGUAUCAGGAAUGCUUGUGCUAUUUGCUGUGCCUUCGAUAGUGUCUUUUUCGAUUAUUGCGUACUUGUAUAAUACAAGUUCCAUAUUUUAUUCAGGAACCAAGUACGAUCAAUCAUUCAUUAUGAAUUCAGCUUCGUGGUGUAUCAGUGUCAUACUAGCCUUCUCUAUGCUUCUGGCUUCAUUCAUUGGAAAUCCGCAUUAUUACGAAAGAUUGGAUUAAAAUCGGGGGCUCUUUUUAUAAUAGCAAUCUUUCUGUGUCACGAUAAAUAAAAGUGGUUGGUGCAAAAAAAUUAAAAAAAAAAAAAAUUACUU